AGCAACAGAUGUGCGUCAACUCGAACGGUUAUUUCGUUUUAAACAUUACCAAAUACGCACUGCAGUAACAACAAUAGUGCGCAUUAAGUGACAUUUUAUGUGACAUUUAUUUGAUCAGCAAUGGACAUAAAUAUCAGCGGCGGAUUGAGCUCGCUGGGAACAGUGACUGAGGACGAUGGAGAUUUGCAAAAGGUUUUGGCCAUGUUGGUUCUAGGACUUGGCAGUCUGAUAUUUGGCAUGAUACCUGCCUUUAUAUCCGAGCGAAACCGUCAGCGCUUUCCGCUAACAACAUCGCUAAUGUUGUGCUUUGGUGCUGGAAUUUUGCUAGCGACAGCAUUGGUGCAUAUUCUGCCUGAGGUGCGCGAGGCAAUGCAGUCAAAGUUUGCCGAAGUCACGCUUUGUGGUGGAUUUUUCAUAAUAUACUUUAUUGAUGAAUUCAUACACUAUUUCUUUGGCGAGGCUAUACAGCAUUCUCAUGCACCUGCAGCUGGCUCUGGUCACAGCCACACAGGUCAAAACCGUUCCUCCAAUGCCUAUGGCGCUGUUAGUGAACGCACGCCGCUCAUGAAUGCUGAACAUCAGCCUACAGCGCCCCCGCAUAGUCAGCAAAACGGUGAUAACGCUCACAAUCAUGAGCAUGACCAGCAUGCGCACACUUCCGCUGAUCAUAGCUGCAAUGACGCCAGCGUGGAGGAUGCAAAUGCACGCAUUUGUCAUACGAGCCAUACGGAGCCUUGUGCGCAGUCCAUGACCGGCACACUGGGACUUUUUGUGGCGCUAUCACUGCACUCGGCAAUUGAGGGGCUAGCAAUUGGCGUACAGAACUCAUCAACAAAGGUGCUCUUUCUGCUCGGCGCUGUGGCCUGUCAUAAGUUUGUGAUGGGCUUUUGCUUGGGCCUCGAGUUUCGCUCCACUCCACGCGCUACCAUGCGCUCACAAUUCAUAGGUAUUAUGGUGUUUGCUUUGGGAGCUGUCUGUGGCAUUGGACUUGGCAUGCUUAUUGUGCACUCGCCGCAGUAUAUGAACAAGACUACGCUGGCUAUAAUCCAAGCGCUGGCUGGCGGCACUCUCUUUUAUGUGACUGUCUGUGAAGUGAUACCGAGAGAAAAGGCACGCUGGCAUAGAAAUGCGGAACGACGUUGUGCGGGAUUUGCGCAGUUUAUAACUGUUUUUGCUGGCUUUGCUACCAUGUGCAUCAUAAAUUAUUAUCUCGCGGAUGAUGACUGAGAAUCUCUGUUUUUAAUCUGUAAUAGCAACAAUUGUUUUGUACGUUAACUUGUAAGUGUAAUUUUAAAUUGUGAUUUUUUGUAU